UACAGUAAAGGAAUGAAUAGCAAAGCGAAAAAACAAGAAAUGGUCAAAGUGGUGAAAAAAACAUCAUAAUUGUGCCACACUUAAAGCGAAGGGAACAACGAUGGCUUACUUUCAUAAACACUAAUGUAUUCCUAUGGAUAGUACACCUUCAAGCAUGUCCCAUAAGUGAACACUCGCGUACUUUUUCUAACGGGGAAAAAAAAAAAAAAGAGUUCCCUAUACAGCGACCCCCUUCAUACAAACGCAUGUACGCAAAAAUCCGAACAAUUGUAAGCAUAGGUUUAUCCCAUUUACGGGGAAUGGUGUGAAAACCCAGCAGACGAUCCCCUACCUAUUUUUGCAAAGAUCCAAAAGUAUUCCACUUCCCUAUCGUUUUUUUUUAAAUGUUAAAUCUUAUACCCAAAAGAAUCGUUUCCAAAACUCUGCUUUUUGGAAAGAGGCCAAUCCAGAGAAUUCGCGUUGGAAAAGAUAAAAAUGUCUUGGAGUUAAGCCUUAGUGAUGUGAACGCAAUUUACGAUGAUGUCGAUGAAAACACACACUUGCACAAUAAGGACUACAACCCACUCAAGUAUCAGCGAUAUGUGAAGUACAAAUUAGCAGCCCUAAAUCUAAUUGAGGCACACAAGAAUGAGGAAAAUAAAAAAACGGCAUUGACCAACAUUACAUGGUACGCCAAAAUUAGGGAUUUUUUUUUUAUACACUUUUGCAAGAAUCAAAUGGAGUUGAAGGAGAAGGUGGUUCCGAAGUUUUUUUACCCAAUGGAGAAGUAGCUUUGGCUUUUUUUU